AUGUCCGGACGGAAUAGCUGCGAAAUAGCCGUACAACUCAACGAGUCGCUCGUGUAUACGGUUCUCAAUCUUGUCCAUCUAAUUACAUGCGUGCUGAGCGUGGUAUUAGCCUUCAGACUACAGAAUGCGUGGCAUUCUCGGGUUUACUUCCACGCAAACGUCAAGAUGCUGCUAACAACGAUGCUCUGUCUAGCUGUCGUCCAUGCCAUCACGAUGAGCUCUUUUCUGUUCUUAAACCUGUUCUCGUGGCUAUUUGCCGACAGCAACUGCGAUUCGUUGAUGUUUAACGGCACGAUGUGUCUAUUCCUGCGCCAUCCAACUAACGUCUGCAUAGCAGGGCUUGUCCUGUGCCAACUUUCGAUUGCCGUCGAACGAGUGGUGGCCACCUGGAUCGGCCCAGAAUACAACACCUACUCAAACAAAAUUGGUCGCAUUUUGUCGGUCUCGACGGUGGUCUGCGCGGUGGUUCUUCUCGGACCAUUGCUUGCCUCGGAGACGACGUUCGAAAAGCAGAUCAACUGUGGAUUCCCAUCAUACACGGCCCAGACACACAAUUGGAUGUUGAUGCUGGAACUACUCGGCCUCGACGUGCUUUCCGUUGUCGUAUUUCUGGGCGUAUAUGGGGUCAGCAAGUAUAUGAAAGAGGGCGCAAUGUUUCAACUCGAGCGGCGCUACCAGAUUAACGAGACGCUCUACGUCACCAAACUGUUACUGCCGGUGACAUUCGUUCAUUUUCUGCUCUUCGCCAUCCUGUGUUCGGCCAUCGUGCUCAUCGAGAUGUUUUUCCAGGAUCCGUUUACCAUCAUUUAUUAUGAAGUCAUUUUUUAUACGGCUCCGUUCUAUACGGUGCUCUUCCCGCUCAUCAUCCUCCACGUCAUCACAAAUCUGGAUCGGGAUCGAAAGUCAAAGAUUACGGUGCUCGUUUCUGAAAACGUCACCGGGCAGCCAGGUACUCGGGCCCAUUUCGAGAGUCUCGAUCGAAUGUGGGGAUGCAGCACACCCGUGAAAGGAGGCAGUCCACGACCCACGCCUGUA